UUGGCCGAAAUCGCCAAUUUUAAAUUUUACUAUAUUGCUAAAAGCUAAUUUUUAUAGUCACUUUAAUGAUUUUCUAUCGCACUGAAUUUUUUCAUGUUACGUCUGUAUUAAUUUUUAUUAUAGUCGUAUAGACUUAGUACCGGAUUCGAUCCUACAAAAUUUUACUUUGAUUUUGCUGAAUUAAAUAAAAAUGAUCAUGGAACCGUCAAUAUCAUCAGAUGAUAGUUGCGAUUCAGAAACGCGAAGUAUGAAAAAACAACUUACAGGUAAAUUUGGAUUUGAAGAAGAAAAUUUGAGUAAAUCCGAAAUGAGCGAUAUUUUAAAAGCUCUAAGGAAUUCCGAAUGUAGUGUAGAAGAGGAACUAACAAGACAAACAAUCAAUGAGACUGUUUCUGUUACUACUAAGAGUUUGAAAAGACGUAGCAUAGAUGUAGAAGAUAGAAGAAUGCCCUGGAGUAUCUUUCCUGAGCAAUUGACUCAGACAGAAAAAGCUCAAACACUAGCGAUUUAUAUAAAGUUAAUGUCCAUAAAUAAUUAUCAUCAAGCUAGAAAAUCUGGAAAUUUUGCAACAUGGCCCCCUCCUAUACAAAUUAUUGAGGAAUCAAGAGUUCAACCCAUAAGAUCGACACGGAGUGGCAGAUCAGUACCAAUAUAUGCAGAUUUUGAUGAUGAUUCUUCAGAUUUGGACUUUGUUAUUACUAAAACAAAGAAGAGAAAAGUAUCAAACAGCGAACAUAAUGCCAAUGAAGGAGUGUACUCAAAUAAAGUAGUUAGUCUCAAAAGAAAACCAUCAAAGGAUGAAGAUGUUAGACCAUCUAAAGAAGCUAAAGUAAACAAAAUUGACAAAGAAAUAAUUAGCAUAGGCAAAAAUAAAAGGGAUUUGUUUUCAUUGAUUGAAGACUGAAUGUUUUUAAAUAAAAAAAAACUAAUAAUUACAUAUAAUAUGUUCUCCAUGUUUCUAUAUAUUUAAUAGUGUAUCUUAGAAGUGAUUCCGUAAAGAAAUUGAUGUUUAAAAUUUAUUUUGUAGUGAUUAGAGUAAAGUAUGGAAAAAUUACUCAAAGUUUUGAUGAGAUAUUAAUUUAUUAUGCUAUUAAUUAUAUUACGAUGUUACAAUAUGUUAUAUUGCCAUUUUGGUUUUGUUUAUGAAAAUUAUGUGAAUCAUGUACAAACUACAAGCAUUAAGAUAGGGCUUUCUCAAAUAAGAGUAGACUAGAAAAAUCUUGCUUUUUACAAAUGUAUUAUUUCAAAUAAGUUUUGCUGCAGUAAAGGGGAGUGUUUAUUCUUAUUUAUCUUAAUUAUUAUAUGAAUGAAAAUUAAAAGAACCAACAUUUGGCUUUUUCAUGAUAGUUAAAACAGUUGAAUCUGAAAAGCAAAUGUGAAAAGGAAAAAGACCGGUACAUAUGAUCACAUGCUAUAGUCUACUUGUAUUUGAAAAAUUCCUUAUCGAAAAUAUGCUCUAAUUGUUUUAAAAUUUCAAUGGUUUUUCGUGCAAACCUAAGUAACAUACAUUUAGAGAAAACUAUAAUGAUAAAAAUAGAGCAAGUAAUAUUCAAAUUCGGUUACACUUGUACCAGCUUAUUAUAAUUGGUUAUUGCUCUCUGUGGAUACCAUCAGUCCUAGGGACACAGCCAAGCUGUUGUCAACUGCAGAGUUUUUUUUUUAAUACCUAGUUUGAAGAGAAAAGUAAAAAUUUAUGAAAGAAAUUUAAUUCAACCAAGGGAGCUUUAAUUCAUAGUUGGCAGGCAAUGGAAGGGUUUGAUCUCGAGCCUUUGAUUCAGCGUGUAGUGAUAUCUUGCCCUAUUGUAGACUUAAGGUUUUGAAAUUGUUUUGACUUUACCUCUGAAUGCCAUUUGAUACUCUUAGUGGGGUAGAAUUGACAUAAAACCGAGUCAAAACUGUGUAUGUAAACUAUUGUUUGACACGAAAUUCUGUUACACUGAACUAGUCAAGCUCUUAAUUUUUAAGUGUUUUGUCCUCUAUACAAAUUUUGUGGUUUCCAUGUAAGAGAAGCUAAUAAAAAUAUAAACUAUUA